GUUUCUGGUGUCUAGAGCUGUCUUGAGAUUAGAGAAGUGUAGUCCUCGGCAUCUUGGGCCCAACAAACCAUUAGGCUUCAGGAUGGGUCUUAUGAAAAUUGGACCCCGAGGAGAUAGUACGAAUGGGAAAGCAAAAUGGGAUGAAUCAAGAUGUGGAGAUGUGAGGCAGAUCUUUAUUACUCAUGGAAAUGCCAUAAAUUCCAUCCAAGUGUUGUAUGACCGCGACGGGAAUUUAACGCUUGCAGAGAAGCAUGGAGGUGAAGGAGAUUACUUUGUCGGUAUCAAUUUUAAAUCUUGCGAGUAUUUGACAUCCUUAACUGGAUAUUAUGGGCCCAUCAACCCAAAAGGUAAAGGUUCAACGGUAAUACGAUCACUAACAUUUGAAAGCAACCGGGCCAUUUAUGGGCCAUACGGCCAAAAAGAGGGCACCCUAUUUCGUUGGGACUUCCAGACGGGCGUCAAGUUUGGUGGAUUUCAUGGACUUUGUAGUGAUGAUUAUCUCUCUGCCAUCGGUGUAUAUGUUAAGACAAUGGCGAAGCCCUAGUUCAAGCCUGAUCCCCCUUGAUAUAACAAUACCAUACCGCAUUUGCCGGAGUUUUCAGCCCCCACUCGAAGUUCUCCUUUCCUGCAAUGAUUCAAUCUCAAGCUCCGAUUCCAUACAUUUGAGAUAUAAUGUGGUCACUUUGUAUAUGUAAAUAUUUUAACUUGCGAGUUACAAUGUACUAAAGGUAAGCACUUCAUAAGAAAAUGAAUACCGAAGUUAGUCUGU